CGUCAAAUUUCACUAUAAACAAAAUAUUUAAGAAAUAACAUUUCUAAAUAAUCUCCUUUGAAUAAGGACGAAAGCGACUAUUUCCACCACAAAGAUAACGGCGCGCAAGGGGAAACAUAACCUUGGUAAAUGUGUGUUGUUUUUAUUGAAAAACACUUGACAUAAUUUGCUCGACCAUGAAACUGGUUUUCCUUGGAACUGCCUCCUGCUAUCCUACUGCACAUAGAGCUGUCUCUUGCACAGCAUUAAAAUUUGAAGAUGGAUUGGUGUGGUUGUUUGACUGUGGAGAGGGUUCUCAGAUUCAAGUUCAAAAGAGCUCAAUAAGACCUAGCCGCAUCUCCAAAAUUUUUAUUACUCAUUUACAUGGUGAUCAUCUUUUUGGCCUAUCUGGGCUUAUAUGUACACUAGGCAAUCAGGUAAUGGACCGUAAAGACUUCAUUCUUGAAAUAUUUGGACCUAAAGGUCUGAGAAGAUAUGUGAGGGAAGUCCUGUGCCUGUCAAGAUCACCACUCCCAUUCCCCUUUAGAGUCCAUGAGUUGAUUCCAAUGGAUGACCAAUUGCCCAGAAACUGGGCAUCAUGGGGUGUGAAUCAGGAAGCUACAGGGCCCCCCCACCCUCAAGAGCUUUCUGGAAGAGAUAUCCAGGCUGAAAAUGGUAUCUGGAAUCUACUUGAGGAUGAUCAAGUGACCGUUCAGGCUGGAAGAGUUAAACAUAGAGUCCCAACAUUUGGAUUUGUUAUAACUGAAUGUACAAAGCCUGGAAAAUUGAAUGUUGACAAAUUGAAAGAGAUGGGUUUGAAGCCAGGACCCAUUUGUGCCACAAUAAAGAAAGGAGAGACAGUCACACUACCAUCAGGCCAAGUUAUUCGCCCUUCUGACGUUAUUGGACCGCCAAUUCUCGGUCGAAAAAUUUCUAUAUUGGGGGACACUUACAACUCAGACCAAAUGUUGGAUCUGGUUAGAAACAGCGAUGUCCUUGUUCAUGAAGCUACUCUCGAAGAUGCCAUGAAAGAAAAGGCUAUUGAAAAUGGACACUCAACACCAGGUAUGGCAGCGGAUUAUGCAUUGAGAGCAGAAGUUCGAAAACUAGUUCUAUAUCACUUCAGUCAACGCUAUAAAUCUGAGCCCUCUGAAGAAGAGAAGCUGCAGCAAGAAGCUGGAGACACAGAUCCAAAAAAAAUUGAAGAUGAUGGGACUGAUGAUGGCACAGAAGAAGAUAAAAAUGUGUCAUAUGUCUCUAUAUUACUGGCAGAGGCCAGUGCUGCCUUAGAAUGUAGCGAUUGUUUAGUCACAAUAGCUGAGGACCUGAUGGAGCUUGAUGUACCAAGAAUUCGCUUGUAGACGUUUCAAUUGCCCUGAAGGUAACUUAUUUUGUUUCAAAUAUAUUUUUCAAUUACGAA